GUUUUGUAGUAAAUACACACACUAAUCAUGACAACAAUAAACACCCUUACACCACAUCUUCACCUCCUCUUCAUUACCCUUCUUACACUAUCCACCACCUCUACUUUGGCGUACUCUCGCAAGACCACCAACGACCUUGUAACCACUACGUGCAAGCAAACACCCGACCCGAUUCUUUGCGAAGCUUCGCUCCGAUCAGACUCUCGGAGCUCCAAGGCUGCUGACUCUGAAGGUUUGAUCCUGAUCAUGAUCGACGUUGUCAAAACUCGCUUUUCGGACUCGUUUCGAUAUGUAGAGGACUUGACCCGGAAGACCCAUGACCCGGCUGUAAUCCGGGCCCUGCAAGAGUGUAAGCAACUCUAUCGGGUUGUGUUAGAUGUAAGUGUAGGUUUAGCAGUGAGAGCAGUAAAGCAAGGGGAUCCGAAAUUCGGGGAACAAGCUAUGGUGGAUGCGGGUAAUGAGGCCGAGGGGUGUCGGAUGGCGUUCCCAGAAGGUAAGGUUCCGGGUCGGAUCGUGGGUCGAACACGGAUGCUCCAUGGAGUAUCUAAUGUGGCUGCUUCUAUGAUUAAGAGUUUGGAAUGAUGUUUUUUGUGAUUUAUGGUUAGCAAAGUAUACAAGUAUUUGACUAUAUGUCAAGGUAUGUUGACAUGUUUCCUUGAAAAAUAAACGUCUCAGGAGCCUUGUCUAUA